AUGGAACCUUCCGCGAAUCAAAGGACAUCUGCUGUAAAAUCGCCCAUCCCAGAGGAACGAACCGGAAAACCAACAGGGGAAACUAAGAACACUUCAUCUGACAACAAAGAACAUUCGGGAGCGAACCCUCCAGAACAGCAGAUAGGAACAAGCGGCGAUGCCGAUAGAACAGCUCUUAUUGUUGUAGCAGUUAUUGCUGCUGUUUUAGUGCUCUGUCUUUUGGGAUUAGCAGUUAUUUUCAUGAGGAAUAAGAGGAAAUUUAUCAGUCAGAAAGAAGGCACAGAUGUUUAUAACGAAAAGCUUAAUGUCAAAUUUAGCAAGAACAAGAGCGACGCAGUCUUAUCUGAUACGAUGGAUGGUUUAGCUGUUGAUGAGACUGAUCAAGAAAACAGAUAUGCGAGCCUGAUAGAAAAGUCCACUGACAACAUUUUGUAUGCAAGCGUCACCGAAGAAAAGAAUAUUUGCUUUGUGUCCGGUAACAACAAUCACGUGUACGACAGAUUAGUGUAAGUUCCUUUUAUUGAGCCGCUGAAGUUGAGGAUUUUAAAUCAAUCAACAGUUGCAGAGUCAGCGCCGGUGGACCUCACUCAAGUCAUCAUUGACCCAUCAUUGUGUUCAUGAUCUGGCAACAAAAUCGCACUAAUCAAAACCGCUACUAUACCAAAUAAUCAGCAUGAAUGUCGUGUGAGAAUAAUUUUAAGAUUAGUUUAUAGAAAAUUACUGUACCCGAAAAGAUACAAUGAAAGGAGAUAAUUA